AUGCAGGUGUGGCGAUGGAAAAAGGAAUGCGUCUUGUGCAACUACCUCUCCGUUGACGUCCAGUUCUAUGGAGUACCGCAGCCCACACCAAGUCUGUUCGGGCCCAGACUACAACGUCCACUACCGCAGAUAUACCGUCUUCACAAGCUGCCUAAGACACAACGUCUUAACUCCAAACAGCGAGGACAUUCUUUGAGGCGUCCUCAUCCCUACUGGAAGCCGCAAACUCUACAUGUAUCGCACCUGCAAACUCUAGACGCCCGCUUGAGGGCGCUGUCGAGAGCGUCUAAAAGAUCGUCUGCAAGCCCGAAUCGUAUCGGUCUGCAGCGGUAUCUCCCCGGGAUGUCAACCCUGAAUCAACAAGUCUUUUCUCACAGCUUUCUGGGUAAAAAGGCACCGCAAUCGAUCAGCACAAUCCACCCCCAAGCUCCCGAGUCGAUUGAACCGCCGUCUACAGUCGACAUCCCCUCCAUACACUUCUCCGACUCCGACGACACCGACACGGUAUCGGUGGACUUCUGGCCGCCUCCACCGGACGAAACCGACUACUGGCCACUGGAUAUUGAAGAGCUGGAUGACCAUCCAGAACCUGUAUCAAAACGGCUACAAAAUCAGGAUUCACCACGGCUGGACAGGAGUGCGAUUUCUUUGGCAGAGUUUUUGAAGACAGGAGAAACUAUCGAGACGAUUAGAUCUUACAUCACCAGGCUGUAACGACAAGU